AUGUCAGAACAACAACCAAUAACCACAACAACAACAACUAACUCUCAACCUAAACAAUUAACAAAAGAAGAAAUUGAACAACAAGAUAAAUGGAUAGAAAUUCAAAAUGAAUUAAAGAAAAGUUUAAUUGAAAAAGAUGAUUUUAAUUUUAAAAUUGAUGAUGAAAAUAAAAUGAAUACAACAUUGAAAUAUAUUGGUGGUGUUGAUAUUAGUUUUGUAAAAGAUAAUGAUAUUGAUGCAUGUGCAUCAUUAAUUGUAAUAGAAUAUCCAUCAUUGAAAAUAGUUUAUAAAGAUAUUGAAUUUGUUAAAUUAAGUGAAUUAUAUAUUCCAGGAUUUUUAGCAUUUAGAGAAACUCCUCAUUUAAUUAAAUUAAUUAAUAAAUUAAAACAAUCAAUAACCUAUAACCAUUUAUUACCUCAAAUUAUAAUGAUUGAUGGUAAUGGUAUUCUACAUCCACGUGGAUUCGGUUUAGCUUCUCAUUUAGGUGUUUUAAUUGAUAUUCCAACAAUCGGUGUUGGUAAAACUUUCUUUCAUGUUGAUGGUUUAUCAACAAAAGAAAUAAAAUCAAAAGUUGAAUCUGAAAGAUUAAAAUAUUUAUCAACAACAACUACCACUGAUGUAACAACAACACCCUCACCCAAUAAUAAUAAAAAUAAUAAAAAUAAUAAAAUUAAAAACAAUAAUAAUAAUAUAAGAGAAGAUAUAAAUAUAGAAGUUCCAUUAAAAGGUGAAAGUGGUAGAAUUUGGGGUUCAGCAAUAUUAAGUAAUAGUAACUGUAAGAAUCCAAUUUAUGUUUCAGUGGGACACCGAAUUUCAUUAGAGACAGCUUUAAAGGUUGUUAAAUUAACUUCACCAUACAGAGUACCUGAAUCAAUUAGACAAGCAGAUUUAUUAUCAAGAGAUUAUAUUAGAUUAAAUUUUAAUAAAAUACAAACCACUGCUACAACUACUACAACUACUACAAACUAA